AUGCCGCAUAAAGAGGAGGACUUGAUGCACGGGGGUGGUGUGGGUAUUGGCGGGGGUUCUAUGGUCGGACAGAACUCAAUAUUUGGGUGCUCGGCUGCAGGACACAGCGGAGUUAACCAGCUCGGUGGCGUUUACGUCAACGGCCGACCGCUGCCGGACUCCACGAGGCAGAAGAUCGUCGAGCUGGCCCACAGCGGGGCCAGACCGUGCGACAUAUCGCGCAUACUGCAGGUCAGCAACGGUUGCGUCUCCAAGAUCCUCGGCAGGUAUUACGAGACCGGCUCAAUCAAGCCGCGGGCGAUUGGUGGUAGCAAGCCACGAGUGGCGACGACGCCUGUGGUCAACAAAAUCGCCGACUACAAACGAGAAUGUCCCUCGAUCUUCGCCUGGGAGAUACGCGAUCGACUUCUGCAAGAGGGCGUUUGCAAUAACGACAAUAUUCCCAGCGUGUCGUCCAUUAACAGGGUACUCAGGAACCUGGCCUCGCAGAAGGAGCAACAGGCGGCUGCGGUGCAAGCGCAUCAGGGUGCUGAGAGCGUCUACGACAAGCUGAGAAUGUUUAACGGGCAGGCAGCAGGCUGGCCGCCAGCGUGGUAUUCGGCAACACCUCCGCAUCAUCCCCUGGCCACGGGAAUUCCAUCCGCGGCGACUCCCGGAUCCGGCCAGACUCUUCUGCCCAGUAGUCAGCUUCACGGGCGUGACGAUUCCUUGCUGAAGCGAAGCGAUACCGGAUCUCUAUUGUCGCAUCAGCAAGAGACAACUUCGGACGGUAAUUCGGAGCACAACUCCUCUGGCGACGAGGACUCGCAAGUGCGGCUGAGGCUGAAGAGGAAAUUGCAGCGCAACCGAACUUCCUUCUCUAACGAGCAGAUAGACAGCCUCGAGAAAGAAUUCGAGCGGACACAUUACCCGGACGUGUUUGCACGGGAGCGUCUCGCCGAGAAGAUCGGAUUACCUGAGGCACGUAUCCAGGUGUGGUUCAGUAAUCGCAGGGCGAAGUGGCGUCGAGAGGAGAAAUUACGGAACCAGAGGAGGGCCGCCGUCGAUCAGGUGGUCGCCGGUGGCAGCGGCGGGGGUAGCAGCGGCGCCGCGCCUCCCGCGGCCACCCCUGCUACGCCACGGUUGCCCUUAAACGCCGGAUUCAACGCCAUGUACUCGUCGAUACCGCAGCCGAUUGCCACCAUGCCCGACACGUACAGCUCGAUGUCAAGCAGCCUGGGCGGGUCAAUGGGUGGAAGCUGUCUUCAGCAACGCGCCGAGGGAUAUCCGGCGUACGUGUUUCACGAGCCUCUCCACUCGCUCACGCAGUCUUACUCUCACGCGCACAGCGCGGCCGCGGCCGCGCACUCGCAACCGCAUCGGGGCAUCCCGACGUCUCACGGUGGCACCCCCACAACGCCAGGGGGACAACCCACCGGACCAGGUGGAGGACCUUAUCAGCCGACGACCUCGACCGCAACCGGAGUGAUAUCAGCCGGCGUCUCGGUGCCGGUGCAGAUUCCCUCGCAGACCCCGGACCUGGCGGGCAACUAUUGGCCGAGGCUCCAGUGAUCCCAGCUCUUCGGGUUCCCGCCCGCGAGCUUGCUCGUAGGCCAGGAGAGCCCGCCGCCGCCGCCGAGCGCCACCCCGGGUGUGGUGCCACGACCGCUCCUCGCUUCCCUCGGGAUACCGACGCAGUCGACGCAGAAUCAGGCCCCCAGCACACCGGCGACCACCCCCGUGCACAACUCCGACACCAGUGAGUGAAACGACUCAAUUUCCGUGACCCGUGCACCGUCGCGAGUGAUCCCUCGUCCCGAGACAGGGUGUUUCCUCGCGUUUCGCCGCCGACGGCGACGCCGUCGCGACGACAGACGCUACGAGGGAAGCUCGCCCUUUCGAUAGCUGGCGCGACAGCGUCACGCCGAUCGCCUCGAAGACGCGCAGUUAGUGUCGGUUGUGCCUGGAACGAACACACUUCCGAAUGACGAUGCGAGUGUCCAAAACAUUUUCUCCGUCGUCCCUAGUAAGUUGAACAAUUCCGUUUGUUUAAUUCCGCGGUUAUUUAUUUAUUUACGGACCUUCUCCACCGGCAAGUGCAAGCUGGCCAACAGUCUUUCCGUCGGGAGAUCACGUUUGAUAAAUGACAGUUGCAAUUAUCUUAUAACGUUCCGAUUGAUCGGGCAAUAUUUAAUUGCUCGUAGAGUUAAUAUUAUUAAUCGUGUAAUGUCCUCGCAUGCCGGAUUAACAACUCGCGUCCUCGAAUGUUUACGACCGUCAAUUUUCUGAAUGGCAAUACCUAUCUACGAAACUAUUCGAUUAGAAUUAGGAGAUAGGAUAGGUUCCCUCCCUCCCUUCCCCUUCUUGAACAAUUUGUAAAUUUGCCAACGCCCGCAUUGGCGAUCGUAAUGCAUCGGAGCAGCAGCUCGUCGUAAUUAAAUCCCCUUUGAAAUUGGAUGAAAAGAUUUUUUAUCAACGCGAUCUGAUUACUCAGAGCGGAACUAGGCAGCGCAAUAAGUUUUAUAAUUCGAGUUGGAACCAAUGGACUUUACCCAUCUUCCACUUCAUGUCUGAUCUAGAUUUCGUAGAUGUAUACGCAUGACCCCGGGUCACGCAGGGUAAUUACCUGUUCACGAUAGUGUGUAAAUGAUUUACGUUACGCUACCAUCGUUAUCGCGCCGAGGAUUUUCGCGCGAAGAACCACUUGUUAUCACGUUCGUGCGAGAAGGAAAUUUUCUUUCAGCCAUUCGUUUACGUAAUUUAAAAGGAAAACGACUCCCGCACAUCUGCCGAUAGCUUCGCCGCUGAAAAAGAAUCAUUUCGACGAGCGACAUAAUGCGCCGGGCAAGUUAUUUUUCACUUGGCCCAGCGCGUGCGAAUUCCCCCCCCCCCCCCUUUUACAUAGUUUCCCGAAGUCGAUCGAUGUCAAGAGCAUUCAUUAAAUUUACAGCGGCUCUCGUUUUUCGGUAUCGGGGAGCUUUAUUACCGGAUUUAUUGGAUAGCGCCGGGCGCAUAUUGUUUGCCGCACGUUGUAUCGGUUUCCGGCAAAUAUUUUCCUUCGUGUAAGGGCGGCCGCGAACCGCGUGGAAAUUGAAAGGGAGCCGCAGACACGUAGGCGGCUCCCGCCGAAAUAUAUUCUCGCGAGAGUUUAGGGUGGUAGUCUCCCGAUGAGGCUGAUUUCGUUGCGGGAGGGAACGGUUUGUGCGGGGGUUGAUAGCUGCCUGGAGGGCGGCUUUUUUCAGCUGCGCCGAGGCCGGCCAUCGUGUCUGUCGGCAGAUAUGGCGUCGGAAGACACCGCUCUCGAAAGGAUGUUGCGGCCCCACGGUCUAUGCUCGUUUUGCGAACGGGGUGUAUCGAUCCACAACUUAUUCGCGAAAAGUACCCCAGGGAUACACAAAGGAAAUAAUUGUUUAAUAUGUAUUUAUAUUUAUUUAUGUUUUCUAUUUU